AUGAGGAGAGUGACGGGAGAUAGAAAGCCUAAGGGGUCGAAUAUCCGUGCUAAGUUGGACAAAAGGAGUCGCUUUGUGCAACCGGAAUCAAAAGCCUUCACUUUAAAUCGGAAGGUAUCGAAUGGAGCAUCCUAUUCUAAUCCUAAAACCCUUAGAGUCGGGGAAGACAGUUUGCUUACAAAUUCAAGGGGGUUAAUCGCCAGAUCGGAUGUCAGAAUUCCCUCCAAUACGGCAGGACUGUUACUGGACUAUUUCUUCAACUCGAAACCGCCCGUGUUUAAUAAUGCGAUGAGUUCAUCGCGCAAAGCUAAAGUGGUUUGGAUCGAACAACAAGAGACGACAAUAUCGUCAACAUCCAGAGAUGCGUCCGUCCAACAGAAUUUUAGAAAAGACGUCGGCACCCAGAAGGAGGUCUAUAGGUCCCCUGCGGGAAAAUUGGUCAUCGGCCAAGUAACGAUGGCGAUCCUUAAGGGAAACCGACGUAUUCGCGACUACUUCGACUACAAUCGUAGCUUCAUGAAGGCGUUGCUUUUGGAACCGCCCGGCAGUUCCAAAUUCGACGCCAUUUACACGUUUUCCGCCAUCGUUCAUUUUUCCCUGGUAUGCAUGUCGGUAGUUUUGGAAACGCUAGCCCUAUAUUUCAGCCCUUAUGACGACUUCAGCUCCGCCAUGUUGAACAUCGGCAUACUGUCCCUGCAUCUCGUGUCGGUCAACAGGGUUCUGGGAUGGUUCAUCGUGAGGAAAAAGUUCCACGCGAUAGUGGACGUCGUCAAGAGAUCCAGCUUUCUCGAAAACUGGGACGACUUGCGACGUUUCAAGACCGAGAAAAUGGCGGCCGCCAAAAUUAGGUCCCUCCUGCUCUCCGGUUGCUACGGCCUCUACGUUUUCCUCAACAUCACCCUUUCUUAUUACUUCAACUACCAUGAGCGGACGUAUGAAAAGUUCAAUCCGGCUCUCAACAAGACUUCCGUGUACAGAAAGUAUGUGUACCCCUUAUGGUACCCAUUCGAUACGUCCUUGUCGGACGGAUACUACAUGGUAGGGUUCCUCUACCAACCGUACGCGUUCUACUCGUUGGUGGCCAGCUUUUGUUGCAUCGAUUGUCACGUGCUUAACACAAUUCUGCACUUAAAAUGUCAAGUGGAAGUGGUAGGGCGCGCGUUCAACAUGGUGGACGGCGCAGUUGGAGACGAUAGGAACUCGCAAUGCAGAAUAAAAGAGAUUCGCGUCGUGCAGUGUAUACAGGAGCUUCAAAUGAUUUAUAGGGCAGCUCGUCGAAUCGAAGACCUGCAGUCGACCCAAUUCUUAAUUCAAAACGGCCUCGCCGUGUUCAUUAUGUGCGCCAACAGUUUCCGAGUAACGUCGUCGAUGAUCAAGGUCGACCUCGAAGCGGAAUCAAUCUUUCUUUCCACCAUGAUCUUCGUAGUCAUGGCGGAGGUGUUUAACACUUGCUGGUACUGCUACGGCUUCACGCUGGAACUGCUGAACCUGCCCGCACGCAUCUACGAAAUGGACUGGCUUAGUUAUCCCGUACCUUUGAGGAAAAAACUGCUGUUUUGUUCAGCAAGGCUGCAAUUUCCCUUUUAUUUCACUCUCGGCAAGUGGACUUUCGUCACUAUGGGCAUGUACAUCACGAUUCUAAAAAUGUCGUAUUCCUUUUACACGGUGAUAUGGAGAACCGCUCCCGAAUAACGCUGAUGCCGAUCGUCGAUUUAACCGGAUGCUUAUGGGCAGAACUAAAAUAAA